AUGCCUUCCCGAUACGCUUUUACAAAGUCCCUCAAGGAAGUCCGCUUCCUCUUCUGUCAGACCUCGGAGCAGAGCGCCGCAGUCCGAUCCUUCCUCACGAGGGCAUACCCGACCAUGAAGAAGAACAACCCCCAGAUCCCCAUCCUCAUCCGCGAGGCUGCCGGUACCCUCCCCAAGGUCUAUGCGCGAUACGAGUUUGGAAACGAAAAGGGUCUCAGUCUCGAGGGCCUCAGCGAUAAACAGAUAGAGGAGACGGUGACGGGCAUCGUCAAGAACGAGCCUUGA